AUGAGCCAAUGGGACGAGACUAUGCUCCAAAUCCUCGCAGUUAUUCUGAUCGUCGGCGGCUUCUUGUACGUCACCAGGCCGUUGAAUCAACGUCGUGGCAGAGCCAGAAGACGUGGCCUGAGUCCGAGUCCCGGACCAAGUCCGAGCCGCAGUCGAAGUCCUUCGUUUUUUGAUCUUCCUCCACCUCCGCCACCAGAACCGUGUCCAACGGAUUCGGAUCAAUGUAGGUUGAAUCUCCUUGGAAUGACGUCAUGAAUCGAAACAAUUAGAUAUGACAUCAUUCAUUUGAGUUUUACGAGGAAUUAAAUGUGAAGCCACAUUUAAACUUGGAAAAUGUUUCGUGGGACAUCGUCGUCCAAUUAGGCUUGAAAUUAAUUCAGACGUCACCGGACUCAAAAAUUCAUGCUCUUGACGCCUUUCUAUGAGAACCAAAUGAUUAUCUUCGAACAGACAUCUUUUUGGAAGACCUUUUGAAACUCCGACUUUUGUAAAUACAGUUUCAUUUUCGUCAAAAAUGUACUUCAUUUCUUGAUUUUUAGUCGUAAUCGCAUCUACAGUUAUGAGUAUGACCGCUUGAAACGUCCGUUACGUCCGCCUUAAACCACCUUUUUUUUCUUAAAUUAUCAGUUUUUCACCAUGUUUUUUUCAUAAAAAUUAUCUAUUAUCAAACUAGAUCGGCUUAUUUUCAAACCCAAAAGUCCUUCAAAAAGUUCACGUACUUCAAAUAUUCUUGAACCUGGCUAGUUCAAAGCGGGGUGGACAACAAAAAAAGGAAAAAGAUUGAAUAGACCAAGAAAAGCCAAAAAGGCAAGGUCGAAAAAGGCGGGUUUCGGUGUAAUACCUGGAGGCGCCCCAUAUUUGGCCGUAUUUCUCUCUCUCUCUUCCACCAUCUCUCUUCAUUUCUCUCUCUAUUUCCAUUUUGUAUUUUCAUCGCUUGGCUAUUGAUCCAUUCUUUUUUUCUCACACCGAUUAUCGGCGAAUUAUGCGACGGAUCAAAAUAUUUGGUUGGUUCAGUUUUUUGGACUCAUUUAGAUAGAUAUUGCUCAUGUUAUUGCGGCGAUGACUCAUUUUUCAAGUGCCCAACGUUCACAGGACACUUGAAAGUGCGGAACGAGGGAGAGAAGAUUGAACUUUUUUUGUAGUUUUUGAUGCCUUGUUUUGUGUUUUGAGAUUUCGAUCAACGAAAAGUUCAUUUCAUUUGAGAACGGUAAAAAAUUGCUCAUGUUAGCCGGAUAAUGCAAAUAUCUUAAUUAUAAUUUUAUGAUUGAGUUGUUCCGGGAAAAGGCUUUGAGAAAUCUAAUAAUAAAAAGAAGAAAAAGUUUAAAAUACUAUUUAAAACAUUUAUACCUGAGUCUAGAAAAAAUCUCUAAAUAGGGCGCAGGCCAUCUUUAUUAAUAAUAUUUUCGGGAUUCUGUGAGCCAAGUUUUGUUUCAAAAAAAAGGAAACGAAAUAAAAUACUCUUUUUAAGGCAAAUGUGAAGUUGAAUAGAAAAGAAGGAAGAAUAUUUGGUGACUGAUGUGACGCAGAGGUUUCAGGCCGCAACUUGCUGAACAAGAAGGAGGCUGGAGGGCCGCCGUCGACGAUCAAAGAGUCGAGCGAGUCUUCGCAGACCAUCGACGACAACGAUUCCGAGAAAGGUUAACCUUUGAUCUACGUUUUAUUUAUUGGUCUUUGAUCUCCAGUUCAUUCAUUCAUUUUUUUCGUUCGAUCUCACUCACUAUCCAUACAAAAAAUUGAUUUAGUGAUCACUUUAGCAGUGUUUUUUAAAUAAUUACAAGAUAAAUUCUAUAAAAUCGUUCCGUAUCAAUUUUGAAGGUAAAUUCUUUUCCGGAGAGUUUUUUUGAAAUAUAUUUUCAGAAAAUUUUGAAAACUAAAAACAUUUGAAUAUUUUUUAUCAAUUUCUAAUAUUUCUUUAAAGUGAUCACUUAAACAACAGUAUUCAUUUUCGGUUUUUAUUCAAACUUUUUUUUUUGUUCGGUCCCUUGUCCCGUCCAUAUCAUGAUCACGUUUUUGUUUUCUGUUUGGUUUAGGAAAAAUCAAAAAAAAAAUCAAAGCAAACGAAAUCACGCCCACUAAACUGUGCACAACAUGCAGUUAUUCGAAAGAAAAAUCAUUUCGCAAAAGCUUUUUUUGACUUACAUGUCCAUUGUCGCGUUCUUACACAUGUCCGUUCUUGUCCCUGUGGUUUUUUAUUUAUUUCCCAAUUCCGAGAAAUAGUUUUGAAUAAAUUUUCAAUCAUUUUUUGCGUGUUUUUUGUGUUUUGUGCGUUUUUCGUUUCAUAAACAGUACUGGAAUUUUAUAUUGGUGAGGCCGAAUCAGAAGAAAGGUUGAGGAAAUGGAAUGAAAAACUGAAAUAAUGAUAAAUAUUCGAAUAAACGAAAUGAAAGAAUGAAUAUUGAUAGAAAUCGCACUCACCGCCGUCUUUUUCCUCCACUUCUCUUUCUUUCUUUUACUUCUGCUGAUUAUUCGGUAUUGAUUACCUAGCUUCAUUUAGUUUAUACUUUCUUCCAUUCGGCACACGUGAUAUUUGAUUCCAUUAUUGAUUCGACGCACACAAACACAAAAAGCACCUUCUAAUUAGCGGUUUAGAGAAGAGAAAAACACGAAAAUGUUCAAUUUUGGCAUGCCUGUCCGCUUUUUUAUAUGCUUCAAUGCUGCACAAAGACAAGUCGUUUUCGAUGCAUGGUGGAGAAAGAAAAGAGGCGUGGCUUGAGACCUUUGCAUUCAGAAUAAAAACAAGGCCCAUUUUGUAUUGAUUAGCUGGUCUAGGCCGCGCCCCCUAAGCUGGCUCACCGCACAGAUCUAUUGAUAAAUCAUCUCGCUCACUGAAGUAGAGAUCAAUUGGUCGAAGAUUGUAGAGUUCAGAGACCAUGUCUUAUUGUAACGAAUAAUUUUUCGUAAUUUUCAUUCGGAAAGUUUUUUCUGUUUUAUGUGUUCCAGUUAUUUUGUUUAAGACUAUUAGAUUCAAUAUUACGUGUCUUUAAAAUCUAAGACUCUCUGGGAAUUCGGGUCUCUAUUUAUUUCUACUUUCUCAAAGACCGUUUUCCCAAUUUUUAUGACAGCAGGGAGAAUGUCUCAGACCUUCCUGACUAUUAGUUUUGAAAUGAAUGAAAAAUCGUCUUUAUCAUGAGAGUAUCAAAAUGCGUAAGCCGUUUUUUGUAGGAUGCAAAGUUACGAGAAGUUGAGUUAUUAGUCAAUUCACUGCUGUGGAACUGAGACUUCUUAAUUUAGCACGUAAAUUUUCUGUAACACUUGGCUCAUUUCACAACUAUUGGUUCCAAUCAGCGAUCAAGAAACUUUACAAACUGAGCCUUUCUCCCUGCGACCAGGAUUUUUCAGUCAAGCUGAAUGGAGUCUAACGUACAAGCCUCUGUCCUUGUCAUUUUGUCCUUGCUUUCUCCACCAAAAACUGGAAUAAAAAACGCCAAGCCGCCGAAAAACAAACCGCUUUGUGUUUCUCGACAGGUGGCGGACAACUGAAGCACGAGAACACGGUGGUGAGGGCGGACGGCGUCGUGACGUCUUCUUCCUCGACGAUGGCCGCCUCGAAGAACACGUCGGCGCUAUCAGGUGAAGGGAGACCCAGCGCAUGGAAUGGAUCGAGUCGGCUGCAUGCGGAAUCGCAUCGGACCUUUUUUCGACUAAUCUAGUGUGGUCUUGGAGAGUUUUUCUCUGACUUAAGAAGUUUAUGACGUCAUGGGUCAACUUAAAUAAUGUGGAGAUCUUUAUGAAGUCGAUAGACGGAAGUUUUGACAUUAUUAAAAUCGUUUUUUAUCAGUUUGACGUCAUAGAAAAGAAGAUUUUAUUGACGUCACUUUCAGUAUUAGUUGCAAUUGAAGUUGUAAAGCUGGAAGAAUGACGUCACGGAAGUGAAAAUAGAAUUAUGGACGUGAUCAAAUUCCAUUUUCCACUUUUUGGCGUCAUUAAAUUCGACCUUUGAUUGAACUUGAACACAUGUUUUUGCAAAUGAUUAAAAUACCGCUCUACGGAAUUCACCUCUCCUCGACCACUUUGACAGAAUUGAAUUACACAUCCAAAAGUUAAAAGUUAAACCAAAGUAUUGCAUGAAAAUAACCCUCUGAACUGUUUUAACCCUUUUUUGCAUGACGAAGCCAAUUUAUAACUGCGUGUGCAUGUGCUCUUAUUAACAUUCCCUAACAAAAUUUUUAAGACUUGAAUUUAAAAAAAGUUAAAUGAGGAAAAAAAUGGGGGGUAGUUAUUGCUCGUGUUGGAGAAAGCAGUUCUUUAUAUCAAGGAAAAAUGCUAAAUGGAUAACAGAGUGACCAUUAUGGGGAGGAAUAAGUGCUCAACGGAGUGAGAUUUUUUAUAGAUUCCAACUUUGAUUAUUUUUUUAAUGGAAAACGUUAAAGACAAUCCUUGAAAAAAGCCUCAAGGGAGACUCAAGACCUCAAAUAUUUUCAUUUCCUCGAUUUUCAAUACUAUGAUAAACUUCAACUUCUUUUUUUUUUCGAAGAUUUCAAAAAAAAAACUCGUUAUGGUUCGACCAGAGUAGCUUUGACCUAAUUUUGAGCAAGAAAGUAAUUUUCUUGUAGUCCGAUAAACCAGAAAGACGCACAGGAACGAGCAGGAGAAAAAGCAUAUCGAAUUUCCUGAGGGGAAGAAAGAAACCAAAAAGAAGAGAAAGAAAGCGAUCGUCUCUUAUCUUGUCAACAUUUUCCGCCUUUCCUUCUUCUUCUUCUUCUUCUUUUUUCUCUACUCGUUUCCUUCCCUGUGUGUGGCUCCUUGCUGUACACUACUGCUGGAGAGGAAACUAGGAUAAGAAAGAAAAAAAGGAAAAAAAAAACGCUGAACCUCGGGGUCGUUUGUCAUUUUUAUUAUCGAGCCCCCGAGGCGUUUCUCGAGCUGUCCAUUUGGUUCUCUUUAUUUUCUGCUUGACUGAUUACGUGGCGAUGGCUCAGAUCGAUGGUGAGAAUGACUUUGGUUUUUGGUUUAUUGAUUUUCCUCAGGGUGUUCGUUUACUUUGGUUGAAAAAUAUCACUUUUUUUUCAAGUUUUUGAAAGUUAAAAAGUCUACUAAGGAACCGCUUGGGAGUAUUAUUAUCUAUGGAAUGGGUUCGAAGCUCUAUUUUUUGGGGGAAAACAUGAGUUUCGAUAGAUUUGAAAAAUAAAUUUGAAAAAAACAAUAACUGUUUUUUUUAAAGCAAUUAGUUAAAUUCGAAUCGGGUUUACGGCGGUUUUAUCCGAAAAUGAAUUUCGAGAAGUUUUCUGGUUUUCCAUUUUUUAUCUCGUAUUUAUUCGUUCUUUUCCAAAUCAAAAAAAAACUUAUUUUUUCAAUUUUUGAAGCUCAGCAAUUUUUGGGAAAGUUUAGACAAGUUUUUCGAAUCUUAAAAAUUGAGUUUUUUUUUAAUUUCACACAUAUUCUGAACUGGUUUUUCUGACAUGAGCAAUAAGACGGGCAUGCGCAUGACGUCACGAAAGCAAGAACAAAUAAUUGAAAAAGUUCGAAAAUUAAAAAAAAAAGGUUUCACUGCACUGUGCACGGUUUCUUCCCUUUUUUCUCUUUCUAGUUAGAUUUAGAAUUCGUUUGGAGUUGAUUACCUAAUAGUGCACGAAAGGUCGAAUUUAUUGAUUGUUCUUCGUUUUGCAAAGGUUUUCUUUGCAGCUCAAAAGCAGGAGAUUGUACGGGUGACACAGCAACUGCUGGACACGAUUUCGAGUAAAGACUUCGACGCGUAUUCGUUCGUUUUUCUUUUCUUCUACUUAAAAAACAUUCAAUGAACUAGCUCAAAUCAAGUAGUUUUAUUAGUUAAUACUUUUUUUAAAGGUUUUUAACGGUUGUUUUCCGUGAUUUUGUUAGGAGAAUUUGUUCAAGUUGAAAUUUGAGAGCUUUCUCGAGUUAAUUGAAGCGCCUUCGAUCCGAAUUUUCUAAGCUGUAAUCUAUUUAAUUUUACACUUUUCAGAAGAUUGUGCGACACGGGGAUGACGUGUUUUGAGCCGGAGGCGCUGGGAAAUUUGAUAGAAGGCGUCGAAUUCCACCGCUUCUACUUCGACGCUGGUACGUUAUUUUUACAGCUUAUCGUUGAGUCACAUUACUUGAAAGUAAAUUGAAAAAUUGGAAAUUUAUUGACCAAACAUUUUAUGAGUUCUAAAAAUCUGUAUUUCCUGUGAUUUUUAGAGUUCUCCAACGGCAUAAAUGAGCAGUGAAAAAAAGAAAUAAAAAUUGCCGGUUCAAGUGACCCUCAUGAGUGAUUUACCGGUGAAGGUUUCAAAAAAUCACACCUUUCAAGGACGCGUACAUGAAUAUUGAAAGUUAGUUACAAGGUUGACCAGAGUAGCCAUCUUGGAAUGGACGCGAAUAAUUCAUUUUUGGAACGUUUUUCAGAAGAGAUAUGGAAAUUUUGGAGUUACCAUAGCGUUGAACUUUGAGCAUAUAAUGUUGAGAGAUGAUCUAUCUUUGGGACAAUCUAUCUUCUCAGUGGAAAAAAAAGUUGUUUCAGGAUCAGCUUCGGCGGUUGCGGCGCGGAAGAACCAAGUCCACACGACGAUGCUCAACCCCAACGUCCACAUUGUCGGCGACGAUGGCGCCUGCAUCGCCUACGUCAAACUCACGCAGUACUUUGACAAGUCAGUCAAUUUUUCCUACAAGAAGUGAAAUAUUGUCGUUCAGGAACGGCGAAGGACACACGAGACAGUCGCAGGAGACGCGCGUCUGGUCGAAAAAGACGGGUCGCUGGAUCUGUCUCCACGUCCAUCGCAGCGCGCAGCCAGGACCCUCUGGCCACGCCCACUCCGACUUCUGA